AUGUCCGCUGAAGCAGUCCUGGCACCUGCUCCCCCGGCGCCGAAGAUAGAGAAGAAACCCGUGAAGUUCAGCAACCUGCUGCUCGGCGCAGGUCUCAACAUGUUCGAGGUCACCACCCUGGGACAACCGCUGGAAGUUGUCAAGACCACCAUGGCCGCCCACCGAACUGACACGUUCGCUGGGGCAAUGUCAAGGAUAUGGGGGCGCGGUGGUGUUUUUGGAUUCUAUCAAGGUCUCAUUCCAUGGGCCUGGAUCGAAGCCUCCACCAAGGGCGCCGUCUUGCUCUUCGUCGCCUCCGAGGCCGAGUACUACGCAAAGACCUUUGGUGCCAAUACCUUCGUGGCAGGCAUCACAGGCGGCAUGGUCGGCGGCAUGGCCCAAGCCUAUGCCACCAUGGGUUUCUGCACGUGCAUGAAAACCGUGGAAAUCACCCAGCACAAACUCGCCGCGCAGGGUGUGAAACCCCCCUCCACAUUCACGACUUUCGCGAACAUCUACCGGAAAGAGGGUAUCAGGGGCAUCAACAAAGGAGUCAAUGCUGUCGCGAUCCGUCAAGUCACCAAUUGGGGCUCACGCUUUGGUCUUUCCAGACUGGCAGAGACUGGUAUUCGAAGGGUCACCGGCAAGGAGAAUGGCGAGAAGUUGAACGCAGGAGAGAAGAUUCUUGCCAGCGGUCUCGGCGGUGGUCUGUCUGCGUGGAACCAGCCGAUUGAAGUCAUCCGAGUCGAGAUGCAAAGCAAGUCCAAUGACCCCAACCGACCAAAGAACCUGACAGUCGGGAAGACUCUGAACUACAUCUACAGCACCAACGGCCUCAAGGGUCUCUACCGUGGUGUCACUCCCCGCAUCGGCUUGGGCAUCUGGCAGACAAUUUGCAUGGUUGCCUUGGGUGAUAUUGCUAAGGAGGCCGUCGAGAAACUCACUGGCGAAACAGUCACCGCAAAGCACUAG